AUGGCAGACCACACCCAAGACAAGACCGACGGCGUGGUCCAGGGCGUCAAGUCGGCCGUGAAGGGUAUCAAGGGCACCGGGGACGCGAUCCGCGGCACGGUCAACGAGAGCAUAGACACUGCGUUCAACGAUCCGGAAGGCAAGGUCAAGAACCGGUUGGUCAAGGAGAAGGGAGAGCGCGAGAUGAAGGAGGCGGAUCAGAAGCUCGCAGCUGCCACAAAGAAUCGAACUAACACUCCUCAGGGGACCACGUCGACCGAGCAUGGGACGCCGUCAACGCAUGGAACGACGACCGGCGCAGGUGCGCAUUCGGGACCCGUGGGCAACUUGAGCAGCGGUGCGCCGCCCCAGGAUAGCGUCGGUGGUGAACCGGAGCCGUCGAGGGAGGGGUACUAA